AUGUUGGUACAACAUCAAUGGCGUUCUGCAACUCGCCUUCUUUUAAAGCUACCAAGCUCUCAACUGCAAACUGGCCGCGUUUUAGCUUGGGCAGCCCGUGCUUAUAUGGAUAAUGCGGAUUAUCAAACAGCUCACAAACUGUUCAGUGAAGCUCGUCGUUUAGAGCCAUGGCAACUUUGUGGAAUGGAUUUUUAUUCAACAGUAUUAUGGCAAAUUCAAGCUGAUCAAGAAUUAUCACAGUUGGCUCAUGACUUAUUGGAGCUUGAUCGUAAUGCUCCUGAACCUUGGUGUGCAGCAGGCAAUUGCUUCUCAUUGCAAGGGGAACAUGAAACUGCUAUUAAAUUUUUCCGCCGUGCAUUACAGGUUUCACCUACCAAUGUUUAUUCUUGGACACUUCUUGGGCAUGAACAAUCAACUUUAGAAGAAUUUGAUCGAGCAUUGGCAGCUUUUCAAUUUGCUCUACGAAUUGAUCCAAGACAUUAUAAUGCCUUGUUUGGUAUUAGUAAUGUUUAUUAUAAACAAGAAAAAUUUGAACUUGCUGAAACUUAUCUAAUUCGUGCAGUUGCUUUAUUUCCACAAUCUCAUUUACUCCUAGCUAAUCUUGCAGCUUUACGUAGUCGGCUAGGUCGAUUAGAUGAUGGUUAUGGUAGUGCAAUGGAUUUAAUUAGUCGUGCGUGUAAAAUUCAACCGAAUAAUCCACUGGCUCGUUAUCAUAAAGCUUCAAUUUUAUAUCAUCUUGGACGUUAUUCAGAAGUACUAUCCGAGUUACAAAAGCUACUUGUUUUGACACCACGUGAAGCUAUGGUCUAUCUAAUGAUUGGUCAUACCUACAAAAAACUCGGCAAUACACCACAAGCUAUGAUUCACUAUUCUUGGGCUAUGGAAUUAGAUCCCAAAGGCGCUAAUACUCAUCUAAGAGAUAUUAUGACAAAUCCACCAAUUACAAAUCGUACAUCAAAUCGACAAGGUACAUCAGAACCUGGAAUUUGUGGUGGCGUUACCGGAAGUGUUAGCGGCAGCAGUGUUGGUGUUGGUAGUGUUGGCGGAAGUCAAAGCACUGUCAACAAUUCAGCUAGAGCACAUUUAGGCGCAUUUCAAGCUGGUAUACGUGGUAAUUUUGCAGCAGAAGAACAAGAACAAGGCGAAGAAGAAGAAGAGGAGGAGGAUGAAAGUGAAGUAAUAGAUCGUACAUCAGGAACAGAUGAAGAAACUAUGAAUAAUAGUCUACUUCAUCAUCCAUCAUCACAGAGUGGUGGUGGUGGUGGUACACGUUCUAAUCAUCUAGUUCGUCGAUUAACCGAUUUCUCUUUAUUGUAUGAAUCCGGUGCGGGUAGUUUUGGUGUUGGUAGUUAUGAACAAGACUCAGUAAUGUCUGAUCCAGAUGAAGAACACUAUGAUACUAUGGAUAUUGGUGGGAAUGGAGUUGAUAAUAGUAAUAAUAGAACUGAACACAGUAUAUCAGAUGAUUGA